GUCAGUUAUCGUAGCGAAAAGACGUUCGUUUCAAAAAAUAGCGGACACCUUUCAUAAUACUCGUGUAGGUCUCGAAAACGGGCGCGCGCGUUGGUGGUCUGAAAAUAAAAAAACAACUCGAUCGUUUUCGGCUUGUCAGUGAGUGAGUUUUUUUUUGCUUGGUUUUGAGCAAUAACAAGUCCAGAAGGCGCUGAAAGUGUUUACAGGCGACAAUAACAGCAGACGUCGUCCAAAAAAUAAUUAUAAUUGCAAUAACAUAAUGCAGCAACAAUAAGCGUAGAAGAAAAUAAUAAGUAAUCAUAAGGAAAUUUUAUUUUAAAAAACCCAAACUCAAAUUUUGCACCUGUUCAAAGCAUAAGUGAUAUUGAACUUGAAACGUAUCAAAAAGGCGUUGUAGUGCUUUUGAAUCUGCGGGCAGAUUUCAGCGAAAAACACGUAGAGAAAAAACUGCAAACAUUUUUUAGUGCAUUUUGUAGAGAAGAAAUUGAAAAAAUACUAAUAAAAAAAAUAGUAAAAAUAAAAGCCAACAACACAUCCACGUACAAUAUGCGGAAUAUAUACUUUCAUGUCGUGACCAAAGUGUUGCUGCUCAGCUUUAUUUUCACCGCCACACAGUUAUCAGCAGCGACGUCUCAAGAACUGGAGGAAGACUGUCCGCCGAUCUCGAAUGCCACAAAUUUGCAACAAACACAACUCAUACAACGGCUGACUCAUGUUUGUCGUUAUGAUCGUCUCGAAAGACCAAUCGAAUAUGGUCAAAAUGGUGAGCGCCUGCCAGUCACAGUUAGGGCGCGUAUCUACGUAUACUUUCUACAAAAUCUCAAUUCAGACUUACUGCAAUUCAAAAUGCACGCUCUACUACAGUUGAGCUUCAACGAUAGUCGCCUCGCGUACAAAGAAUUGAAGAGACACGACAAUAUCAUUGGCCAGAAGCAUUUAAGCGAACGUCUUUGGCUGCCGCAUAUAUUUUUCGCCAAUGAGCGCGACUCCAGUAUUUUAGGUACCGAUGAGAAGGACGUGCUCACCUCCAUUUCACCCGAAGGUCGUGUGGUCAUAUCACAGCGGUUACAAGCGACACUUUAUUGUUAUAUGAACUUCAAGAAAUUUCCCUUCGAUGAGCAGUUCUGUUCCACUGUGUUGGAGAGUUGGAUGUACAAUAAAACGGAGAUGGUACUCAAAUGGGAAAUGUAUUCACCGAUCUCCUUCGAUCCCGAAAUGCAUCUCACCGAAUACAACAUGCAAAGUUUUUGGUAUAAUGAGACCAUCGUGAACUCGGAUGGUAUAAAUUUACGUCACGGCUCAUUCGUGGGCAACUACAGUUCGCUUAGUUUUACGGUGCAUCUUACACGUGAGACCGGUUUCUAUCUACUCGAUUACUUCCUGCCGUCUAUGAUGAUUGUAGCGAUAUCAUGGGUCUCAUUUUGGCUGCAGGCCGAUCAGUCGCCACCUCGUAUUAUGUUAGGUACCAGCACUAUGCUCUCAUUCAUCACAUUAUCCUCCUCACAAACGAAAGCUUUACCUAAAGUCAGCUACAUAAAAGUAUCUGAAAUUUGGUUUCUUGGUUGUACAUUCUUCAUUUUCGGCAGUAUGGUGGAAUUCGCCUUCGUCAAUACAAUUUGGCGGCGGAAAGAAAAUGUGGAAUUGAAAAAAGUUAAUAGUAAAUAUAUCGUGAAAGCCUCAUUAACGCCACGUCCAACCCGACGAGAUAUGAAUAAGAAUAAUCUCUCACGUACGCGGUCCUGUUCCAGUCUCGAUAAUAUAACAUCCAGCACGGAGAGUGUGCUGAAAGGACAUUCGAAUCCCGGUUUCAAUAAUUAUCUGACUGUGCAUAAUUUACCUAUAAUCACCACCGAAUGCGCAGAUACAGCCUCAGUGACGAGUGAGCGCCAUAGUAAUGGCACUGAUCACGUUGUUAACAUCGACAAGGAUGGAGGUUACGAUGUGAACGGCAAAGACAAGGAAGAAAUGGCUGAUCACACGACAUUCACCACAAUGACACCACAAGAGAUUGCGAUGUGGAUUGAUAGGCGUUCACGUUUUCUAUUCCCUGUAAUGUUUUUAGCCUUUAAUGCGCUCUAUUGGACUUUUGUCUAUUGUUUUUGAUGUAAUAUAUAUCUAGGCGAACCUAUUAAUAAUAAUAAUAAGAACAUUGUAGUAUUAUUUAACAAUUAGCAUAUUCACACCAAAUGAUUAUUGUCUAAGCUAAUUCCAUUGUAAAUAAGAAAACAGAAGUAUUUUUUCUCUAUAUGUAGGUACAUAUGUACAUAUGUUAUUAAUACUGUACAUAGAUUCACUUAUUGUAAUAAUGUUAUUAUGUAAGGUCUCAUCUAACGCUCAACAAAACAAUAUUUUAUAAGCUACGCCUUAGCUUUUGCAAUACUAGUCAUUAAGUCAGUACAGACAUAUUUACAUAAAUACGAAAACAGUUGAAUAGCAUAUGUUUACUAUUAUGUACAUAAGUUUCAUUUAUAUUAGUUCCAUAUAUCUGUACUUAAUUUCACAGAAGUAUAGAAGAUCGAUUUCUCUUUUUUUAGUACACAUGUACACAUACAUACAUAUAUCUAUGUAUAUGUACAUACAUUUAUAGAAAGUUCUGGUGCAAUAGGCCCAAAAGGCCAUGUAUGCAUUUAAAUUCUACGAUUUUUACGCAUGUCAUUUUAUCUGAAAAUAAAUACUUUUUUAUGAAACUAU